AGCGCGCAGAGAGAGCGGCUCAGAGAGGAGCCGGCACCGGGACCAGGACCGGGACCAGGACCGGGACCAGGACCAGGACCGGGCAGCAGCCGCCCCGGCCUCAACAUGAGAGCGGCGCUGGGUUGCAUCACCCUCGCUCUGUGCGCGCUGCAGCUGCCCCACGGCCGGGCCCUGCCCCACGGCCGCGCUCCCAAGCACAGGGAACCCCCGGAUGGGAGACCCCCCCCAGCCGUUCUGCGCGUACCCCACCGCCACCCACCGCCCCCUCGUGGGGACCCCCCGCUUAGGCUGCAACCCAACCGGCGCGGACAUCUCGUCGUCCCUAUGCACCCCAAACCGGCCCUAUGGCACGGCCCCGAGCUGACCCCACGGCUCAGACACCGACACCCCACGGGGCGAAGGGGUCGACGUCACCUCGGGGUUCGGCUGCGCCACGCUCAGCCGCUGCGGGUGGGCUGCGUGUUGGGCACGUGCCAGGUGCAGAACCUCAGCCACCGCCUAUGGCAGCUGAUGGGCCGCCCGGGCCGCCAGGACUCGUCCCCCAUGAACCCCAACAGCCCCCACAGCUACGGAUGAGGGUUUGACCCCCCCCCUCCCUCUCCCCACCUCUCCUCUCCUCUCCCUUCCCCUCCCCAGGACUUUGUGGGUCGGGUAGGAGCUGACACUAAAGCACUUCCAUUGGC